AUGGAUGCUACUAGCACGAUAAGUAGGUCCUCCGAAGAAGACCCCAUCAUGAAGAGUGAUCAUUCUUCCAAAACAUCUACAGAAGAGGAUGAUUCAUCAGCGGAUGCAUCCAGCACAGAACGAGGGUAUCGACGGUGUCUUCAGAAAUACUCCAAAUACCUUCCGGGUGGUGAAAUGGAACAAAUAAUGCGAGUCAAAGCCUAUGAUGAACACGAUGAUAUAAUAUCCAAAGAUGAUGAUUCCAUAAGUACGACGGAACGAUAUAAGCAAUUUAUGAUACACAACAACAACAAUAAUAAUAAUAAUAAUGGCACGGGGGGACCUGACGAAGGGGAUGAUGAUCAACCUAUUGAAAUUAUCAUUCCCAAGAGCAGAAGGGAAUCGCAAGAGGCAGAAACUAUGCAGCUGGACGCCAAUGAAGACUUUCAUCGAUGGGUCUCGCCAGAUGGGAGAGCAGCAGCAUCCAAAGAUGAUUAUAAGCCGCCCAAGCAGACGUCCAAUCUACUUCCGAAUGAAGACAUGGACGUUGUCAACCAAAUGUUGGGUGCCGAAUCGGAUAAUGAUGAUGAUGAUUCGGAUGACGGGAAGAAAAAGAUGGGGAAAAAGGGAAAUAGUCGGGAUACUGGCAAAACACCAAGGGUAGCCAACCGAACCGAUGGGGAAGUAGACACGAACGAAGCUACAAAUUCGGAGAACCAUGAUCACAUAAAAGUGAAUCGACCCGCAAGCAAUUCACAGAUUCCUGCUGCUGAAAACCAAAAGACAUCGUCUCAGCUGACAUCUAAUGUUCUUGGCAACGAGGACAUGGAAAUGGUGAACAUGAUGCUGGGAGACGACGAUAAUUCAGAUGAUGAUUCUUCACCAGACGAAGAGGACGAGGAACGAGCUUUUCAGGAAACCUAUCCCAACGUCAUGUGGAACAUUCCAGAUGACGAGGAUGUUGCUGAAAAUGAUGGUACGCCCAAAAGUACCAACCGGCGAUUGCUCGACAGUUCGGAAAGUGACUCACGCGACAAACGAUUUACAUCCGAUGACACAAUGAUGUCCAUGACGGAAGUAUACGAUGAGGAGAUUCCUGACCACCAAGGGUCAGAAACACACCGAUGGGGAAAUACAAGAGUAGCAGGUUAUAUCAGCGAUCCCUCGGUAACAGAGGAGAGUUUGCCUGGAUUUGUUGGAGCUACUGGAAAGGGAACUCCGUUCAAUAAUCACAGUGACUCUGGAGAAUCUUCUAUCAUGACAUCGGACGAUUCCCUUUCACCAGUACCAAUAGCGAAACCACCGGUUCCAAAACAGCAACCUGGCGAUCAUCUCCAACAGGAAGGACUACCGCGAAUCGAGGAAUCUGACGGAGCAUCGCCAAAUUUAGUAUCAGAGGACCCUACACCGCAAGUGGAAAAUGCUGGAACUCCUUUCAAUCCGAAUAGUGACUCGGGCGAAUCUACCAUCUUGACCUCGGACGAUUCCGCCAUGUCAAUAUCGCCGAUACCAAUAGCGAAACCACCAAUCCCAAAGCAACAGAGUCCCAAAGAGAAGCCUAGUAGUAUACCUGCACAGGAAGAACUCACGUCAAUCGACGAAGGUGCAGCCCUGCUCAGAUCAACGCCAGAUUUGGAAGAUGAUGAUGGUUCGAUGCCCCAAGUAGUAGAAAAUGAUCCUUGGGUCCGAAUGAUGGAACGAAGGGACAUGCGAAUUGACCACAUGGACACUGAUUUCUUGUGUUUAUGGUCAAAACCAUCCGUUCAGAAAUUGAAAAAUGUGAUUGGAAACAAUUCAUUUAGCGAAGACGAAACCAUAGAGUCCCAACAUGAUAUCAUGGGCGCACCCAUGACUCCAGAAGCUCUUCUUGGUUCGGACGAUGAAGAUGCACUCCUUGAAUCGAAACUCUUGGUGGCACAUAAUCCAUUAAAGGUUCCAGAUAUAAGUUUGCAGACCCGACACAUUCAAGGUACACGACAAGCAAAUCAAGGAUCUCCGCAAGAUGUCAAAUCGAAUACCAGGCAAAUCAAUUCGCGCGAUGGUUCCAUGUCGUCAAAUGCCAAUGAUCGAACGGCUGUUACAAAUGACCAAAUUCCGCCGACCGGAGAAGAUGACGAUUCACAAAGCAGUUUUGUUGGCGGUCCACAACAUCAACAAGCACGAGACAUUGAGAAUGCUAUCAUGGGUAAUAACAAUUCCGUCACUGUGCGGAGAUCUGGAGCAGGAUCACGGAUGAAUCAAUCUCCCGAUUUCACUCACAGUGUUGUAUCUUCGAAUGGAUGGGAGAGUACAGCAAGUAGCUCACUUGGCGAUCCCUAUGAAGAUCUCGAAAAUGCUGGUGUAGAAAGUGAUGAUGACGGACCGCCGCAUCUGUUUUCUGAUGAAGACAUCUCUUUGCAUGAUGAGUACGACCCUUUGACACCCGCACAUACCGCGCGCGGCGGUGUGAACCGAUCUCGCCAUUCUGAAGUUAUCGUCAGCCUCGGACCAAAUCGACCAGCUCCACGCUCCUCGGAAAUCACUGUAGUACGGGGUUCCAGAACGAAGAAGAACGAUCCAGAUGCGCUUGUAAGGGAGCGACACGAUAUUGCAACAGGACGUACUUCUGGUAACAGUUCUAGAAAACGGCAACUUGCACCACAGGAACGGGGGAUGUCUCCGCGAAAGAUGCACAUUAUCGUGGUCUUGUUUGUUUCCUUUAUACUCGGCGCUGCGACGUUCUGGUACAUCUGGGCAAAUUACCUCACGGAUGACGACACAGAAGCCCAAGCAGUACAAGGUCCAGCAAUUCAAACAACGCCACCACCUACCGUACGAGAAACAGAAACACCAUCUUAUUCGCCAUCUUCUGCACCGACCAAGAGUCCGUCUGAAAUUCUACGCGACUUGCUUGUAUUUGUGUGGCCAAGUCUGGAAUCCAAUUUUUCCGAUUCCACCUCGCCGCAGUUCAAGGCACUUGUCUGGUUGCAAGACAACCUCAACAUCGACUCCUAUGGUUCUCAGCAAAAAAUUCAAAGGUUUGCGCUUGCAACACUGUUCUACAGUACCAAUGGCAAUGGAUGGACCAACAAAGGCUCAUGGUUAACAGAUGCCGACGAAUGUGAAUGGAACACGAGCAACAGUUUCCGGCCACCGUGUAACGAAGAAGGACUCUACGUUUAUCUAGAGCUGAGGUCCAACGGCUUGUCAGGUACCGUACCUUCCGAAAUAGCGUUACUUUCAAAUAGUCUGGUCCGGCUUGAGAUGUCCCAAGACGGAAUCGGUUCCUCUGCCAUUUCUGGUUCGAUUCCACCCGAGCUUGGUGAAUUGACUCUGCUUGAAUCUAUCAGCCUUGCCAACAAUGCCUUUUCCGGGACACUUCCGGCAGAGAUUGGCAAAUGGACCAAGGCUACCGCCGUGGACGUGCGUGGUAACGAACUUCGCGGUGCUAUUCCCAUCGAUAUUUUUCGCCUGACGUCGUUGACCUCACUGAGUCUGGAAAGGAAUCAGUUCACUCUUUUGCCGCGGCAGAUUGGGGAUUUGAGCGCCUUAAAACAACUGGACGCUUCCUUCAAUCGUAUAGGAUACCUGCCGCCAGAGAUUGGGAACCUUCGGUUGCUCCGUCGAUUGGAUAUUUCCAACAACCAGAUUGAGUCGCCAAUCCCUAGUACAUUUGGGAAAUUGAUGGAUUUGAUCAGUCUGGAUUUGAGCUCCAACUUGAUGGUCGAAACCAUACCAAGCAAUUGGAACAACACGGUCCGCCUUCGAGACCUGGACCUUUCCGAUAAUCGACUGAGUGGAAGUAUUCCCAGUGAGCUAUCCAGAGCCACCCUUUUGCGCAACCUGAUAUUGCACGACAACAAUCUCAGUGGAACCAUUCCUACCUCUUUUGGAGCAUUAUCUCGACUAGCCACAUUCCGCGUGGAGGCGAACAAUUUGACUGGAAUCGUAUCUACGAGCAUUUGCAACGUUUUUAACGAGUCAGUCCCCGCUUUUAUUUCCGACUGCAUCGCCGAGCUUGACUGCCCUUGCUGCAUGUUUUGCUGCGAAGAUCCUGGUGUUUGUCAGUGCCAGCUAGAGGGCGAGCUCGAGUUCUUGUGCUCCGAAUACACAACCACCUUUGCAAUUUCCUCUUCGGGGUUACUGAAUUGA